GCUUUGGUGCGGACUGGACACAGUGCCUGAGACGUUUACACUGGAACAUGUGAAGGUGGGAAGAUUUUGGAAAGUAGAGAGCAUCCAACAAAUUCUGAAGAACAAUGUGGAGGAUCCCAGCGCUAUGGCUUCCGGUGCUACUACUGGCCGUUGAGGUAUGCCACUGUGAAGAUGUGGGGACCAUGCUGUCAUCCGAGGAGGUGCCCAACAUCCCUUUGUCGACCACCGUGACCCGCAGCCAGAUCCUCUCAGCUCAGUUUGAGUGCUACCUGAAGAUCAUCUAUGACCCACCACGCACUGAAGCUGGCACAUUCUGUAACCGCACGUGGGACGGCUGGCUGUGUUGGGAUGACUCUGCACCUGGCACGGCCAUGCAGCUCUGCCCUGUGUACUUCCAGGACUUUGACCCCUCGGAGAAAGCGACUAAAGUAUGCAACUCGGACGGACAGUGGUUUCGUCACCCUGAGAGCAACCGUAUUUGGUCCAAUUACACCCAGUGUCAGAUGUACACUAAGGACAAACUGACGUUUGCGUUUAGCUUGUACUACUUGGCCAUUGUGGGACAUGGAUUGUCUGUGGUAUCUCUCAUCAUCUCACUCUGCAUCUUCUCCUACUUCAAGAGUCUGAGCUGCCAGAGGAUCUCCCUCCAUAAGAACAUGUUCCUGUCCUUUAUCUUCAACUCCAUCUGCACCGUCAUCUGGCUCUCUGCUGUAGCCAACAACCAGCAGCUGGGGGCCAGCAACCCUAUUGGAUGCAAGAUUCUGACAGUCUUGAACCAGUAUACGUUUGGAUCCAACUACUUCUGGAUGCUGUGUGAGGGGAUCUACCUGCACACUCUUAUCAUCGUGGCUGUGUUUGUGGGAGAGCAGCAGCUGGGCUGGUACUAUGUCCUGGGUUGGGGCUUCCCCAUCAUUCCUGCCAUCACACAUGCUGUGGCCCGUGGGCUCUUCUAUGAUGACAGAUGCUGGAUCAGUUCUGACACACACCUGCUCUACAUCAUCCAUGGGCCUGUCCAUGCUGCCCUGCUGGUGAACCUGUUCUUCCUGCUCAAUAUAGUGCGUGUGUUGAUCACCAAGCUGCAGGUGACCCACAGUGCAGAGUCUAAUGCCUAUAUGAAGGUGGUGAGAGCUACUCUCAUCCUGAUCCCUCUGCUGGGAGCCCAGUUCAUCCUGGUUCCCUGGAGGCCAGAGGGACGUAAGGCCAGGGCCAUCUACGAGUUCAUCAUGAACAUUUUUGCACAUUUCCAGGGACUGCUGGUCGCAAUUAUAUUCUGCUUUUACAAUGCAGAGGUGCAGGCAUGUCUUAGGAGGAAAUGGUUACAGACUAAGCUGGUGUGGAAAUGGACAGAUUCCUACUCCCACUACCACACCAACUCCUCUGUGACCGAGACGAGUCGUGCUACAGUUAGCCUGGAGCUCACCGCUCCUGAGGGGAACACCAUCAUUAAGCCAGGUGGUAGUGUGCACUACCGAGCCAAUGGACAGAGCAACGGCAAACGCUGCACCAACGGGGAGAUGGACACGCCCAGGAUCCUGGAGACCACGGACAUCUGAUAGCACAGCACUGUCACUUCCCAUAGGCACCAUCACAUGAUGCUGUGACAAACAGGCUCACUAAACUCACAGAUUGGCCGCAGACAAUUGAUCAAUGCAGAAAAUGGGGUGCCAUGACCUUUUGUGUUAUUGUAAAUGUUGGAUCACACACGUGGUAAGAAUAUACACACACAAAUGUGUACAAGAUACACAAGAUACACAUGCAAACACAGACAAAAACACAUAUACAGACAUCUGAUAAUGAAUGAGCAGCUUACAGGGUCCAGUUGAAACCUUACAGACAAUUAUUUGCCACCAGAUGUAUAUACAUUUCAUGGUAGCUUUUCAUUGUUGCUGACUUUGGCCUUAGGCACGAGAUAUUAUGGAACAAUCCCAGUGAUAACAUGACCCAAUAAAGAGGGUUAUCUCUGGCAAUGUUUAUUGGCCUUCAGUGCCAAUCAGUGUCUGAUGUAAUCAAUUCCUGUGGGCCUAUUGGACAGUAUAUACAGUGGCAAGAAAGUAUGUGAACCCUAUACGUUUGUCUUUAUUUUACACACUGUGUAAACAUUCACAGUGCAGGGUGGGAAAAGUAU